AUGACUUGGGGGUUUGUCACCUGUGGCCCAAAUGAGGCUCUUGUAGUUUCGGGAUGUUGCUACUCUAAACCUCUUUUGGUUCCUGGUGGAAGGGCCUUUGUAUGGCCGGCGAUACAGCGCGUCCAGAGAAUAUCCCUCAAUACUAUGACACUGCAGGUUGAGUCUCCUACUGUAUACACUAGCCAGGGAGUGCCUAUAUCUGUGACUGGUAUUGCACAGGUUAAAAUCCAAGGUCAGAAUGCAGAAAUGUUGUUGUCUGCUUGUGAACAGUUCCUGGGUAAAUCUGAACAAGAAAUUCAGCACAUUGCUCUUGUAACCCUUGAAGGCCAUCAGCGAGCAAUCAUGGGUUCCAUGACUGUGGAAGAAAUUUACAAGGAUAGAAAGAUUUUUUCCAAAAAGGUUUUUGAGGUGGCUUCAAGUGAUUUAAUUAAUAUGGGCAUAACAGUUGUUUCAUACACAUUAAAAGACAUCAGGGAUGAAGAGGGAUACCUUAAAGCUUUAGGUAUGGCUCGUACAGCGGAGGUGAAGCGUGACGCGCGUAUAGGCGAGGCGGAGGCUCAUGCCGAAGCACGUAUCAAAGAGGCCAUGGCAGAGGAACAACGGAUGGCUGCCCGUUUCUUGAACGAUACUGAGAUCGCUAAGGCCCAAAGGGACUUUGAGCUGAAGAAAGCUGCGUAUGAUGUGGAAGUUCAGACUAAGAAGGCCGAAGCUGAGAUGGCAUAUGAAUUGCAAGCGGCAAAAACCAAACAACGUAUCAAAGAAGAGCAGAUGCAGAUAGCUGUAGUUGAGCGCACUCAAGAGAUAAAUGUGCAGAAAUGGGAGGUACAGCGCAGGGAGAAGGAGUUAGAGGCUACAAUCCGAAGACCAGCCGAAGCAGAGAAGUUCAGAUUGGAGAAGAUAGCCGAAGCGCACCGUUUGAAGACUGUACUGGAAGCCGAAGCAGAGGCAGAGGCGGUCAAAGUUCGUGGUGAAGCUGAGGCGUACGCCAUUAAAGCAAAAGCAGCCGCGGAUGCAGAGCAAAUGGCGAAAAAGGCGGAAGCUUGGAAGGAAUAUGGUUCCGCCGCUAUGGUGGACAUGAUGCUCGAAACGCUGCCUAAGGUGGCCGCAGAAGUGGCGGCCCCGCUCUCUCAAGCGCGCAAGGUGACCAUGGUGUCCUGCGGCGGAGGUGAAGUGGGCGCGGCCAAGCUCACGGGUGAAGUUCUCAGCAUCGUGCAAUGUAUCCCUGACCUCGUCAAGGGCGUCACAGGCGUCGACAUCUCCAAGGUAAAGGGAGGUUUAAGUACCAUAAAUGUAAAUACAUGUUAUUCUAACGGGUAUGGUGUAUGUAUAGAAUAUGGAAACCACCGCAGUCCCCACACCGACUGCCCGUGGGGACUCGGCGAGGAAGUUACGAUAACUAUGCGGGAUCAACUAAACAUCAUUCAUUAUCGAGGAUCUUCGCGCCGUUUAAAAACCACUCAUCAUAUACCAAUCUCCAUAGAAAACGUAUGUUUUAGCCUGAAGUAUAAUCAU